AUGAUGUUUUCGAGUGAUGGAUUUCUAACUGAUAAUAAUGCUUCGUCUGCAAAUGCACGCCAAACACAUGUCUUUACAUCUUUUCCCAAUUCUGCGGUAGAUGUUGAUGAUGAACGACCGGAAAAUAAAUCAACAACACAACAACAAUCUGACUCAGACAAAUAUGCCCUUCCAUUGCCGGCCACUGCCAAUGAGUCAGCACCUGAACAAUAUCAUAUGUGGCAAAUCGAAUAUUAUCAAAAAUAUUUUCAAGUUGAUACUCAACAAGUUCUCGAGCGUUUAAUUGGUUCCAUGACGCCCAGACCAAAUAAAUCUUAUUUCGAUUCAACUAUUCGACAAAAUCCUGAUUUAUAUGGGCCAUUUUGGGUUUGUGUAACAUUUAUUGUAACUGUUGCGAUCAGUGGAAAUAUAGUAAAUUAUUUUCACCAAUCUGAUGCUGAAUUUCAAAUUGAUUUCUCAAAAAUUACUUUAUCAGCUAUUCUUGUUUGUUUCUAUUGGUGGAUGAUGCCAACAUCAAUAUAUUUUUUCUUUCGUUGGCGUUUAAAUCGUAUUGAAUAUACAUUUCUUGAAUUACUUUGUAUUUAUGGUUAUAGUUUAACUAUAUUUAUACCGAUCUCAAUUUUAUGGAUCAUACCGAUUGGUUGGUUACAAUGGACAUCAACAAUACUAGCGUCGAUUAUAAGUGGCAGUGUUUUAAUUGUUACAUUCUGGCCAACAAUUAAUGCUGAUCACAAACGUUUUAGUACUGUGUCAAUUUUAGCUGUUUUUUUCUUACAUUUAUUAAUGGCAGUUUGUAUUAUGCUAGUAUUUUUUCAUGUAUCUGAUAACAAUAUUAAUCCAACGACACCAUCAAUUACUCUUUCUACAAGUACUAUAUUGACAACAUCAAAAAAAAUUGCUUAG